AUGCAGGUUAUUGGGAUCAACGAGUACGUCCUCAUGAAUAGCAUCUCCGGAAUGUUGCAUUCAGUGAUUGGCUGUCAGCCGCUCCUAGUUCUGCGGCCCACAGGGCCCAUCACUCUCCUCAUCGAGAAGCUCCACGAGGCCAGCGACUGGCUCUCCCUGCCUUUCUGGCCACUGCUGGCCUGGACUGGCAUGUUCGUCGGUCUGUACAUGUUUCUCAUCGCUGCUUUUGAAGUAAGCAGACUCAUCAAGUAUGUCACAGCCUUCACAGAGAACAUCUUCGCCAUGUUUAUCGGCACUGUCUACAUCAAUGACGGAGUUCAAGGUAUGAUUAGGUUAUGGAGCAGCGCUCAAGCUGAUGUGGAAGCGCAGAAGUUGUUGGUCUUGAACAUGACAUUGGGCUGCACACUCCUGGCCCUUUUCCUCAGCAAUUUGGACGGCACAUCAUGGGCCACAUAUCGCAUUCGAAUGAUUCUCAUGGAUUAUGCGCUGACAAUAUCCAUUUUCAUUCUUGCUGGCGUGGCGGCCCUUCUCAACGCGCAUUUCUUUCCGGUUGACUUCAUCGACAGCACCAGCCUAGGCUUCACCACUACUGCGGGCCGUGCCUGGACUACAAACUUAGCAGAUACCACCCCGGAGGGUGUUUUGGCCGCCGCAGUAGCUGCCAUCCCUAUUGUAUUGUUCUUCUUCUUGGACCAGAACAUAUCCAGCAUCAUGUGCCAAAAGGCAGGCAUGCACAUCCAGAAGGGCGCUUACUACCACUCCUCCUUCGCGUGCAUGGCUCUAUUCAACUUUUUGGGGCCUAUUUGGGGCUUGCCUUUUGUGACCGGCUCUCUUCCCCAUUCUCCGCAAUUUGUCCAUGCAAUGACUGUUACUGAUGCGAAGCACAAGCCAGUGGGAGUUGUGGAGAACCGCAUCGCCCCGUUCGUUGGCUAUGGCUUAAUGAUGCUUGCUUUAGUAUUUCCCAAGCUCAUCAGCCUGCUGCCGGAAACGGCCGUGUACGGGGCCCUCACCUACGUAGGCUUGAAAGCAGCUAUGGGAACACAGCUUUGGGAGCGCUUUCUCCUCUUCUUUACUGACCCGCAGUACCAUCCUGCUGAUAAGGGAUGGAGCCAUUUGCCCCGUAGAACUGUGCAUUUCUUCACGGCAAUACAGCUUCUACUCGUCGUGGGCUGCUGGCUUUGCAAUAUCUACAUUGGCCUUGGUUUUCCACUUUUCGUUGUGACUCUCAUCCCAAUUCGGUUCAAAGUCUUGCCCUGCCUCUUCUCAAACAAGGACAUCGAGUCGCUGUUGUCAGAGGACAGGGGACGGUACGUUUGGGGCCUGGAACCUUGCUUUUCCACGUCGCUGUUUGUGAAGCAAAAGGUUGGCCUUGCGAUGCCUUGCCAAGCCGAACCCACACGCGCGCGCGCUUCUCUGACUGCCCAGCGCAAGUCGCCUCGCAGCCUCAGGUAUGCACUCGAUUCUGAGCUUUUCAACGAGGCCAAGUUCAAGAUGAUAGUUGAUGGCUAUUCAUCGCCGCUGUCUGCAGGCAACUUUGUCGACCUCGUGCAGCGAAGUUUCUACAAUGGGAUGUCCAUCCAGCGAGCUGAUGGUUUCAUCAUUCAGACCGGCGAUCCGGGCCCAGCCAGCGGCAACGGGUUUCAGCCCACACCUGGAGGUCCAGUGAGGACCAUUCCAUUGGAAGUUGGCCUGCGAGGGCGCUCAGAGACUUUGUACGGUGAGACCAUCGAUGAAGCGCGUUUGGUGGGAAAGGAGGUCAAGAUCCCGUUCCAGGCGGAUGGAACCGUCGCUCUAGCUCGGAGAGAGUUUGACAACGACUCCGUCACACUGACACGAAUUUGA